AUGCUGGCACUGGAAAGCUUCUUGCUGAUUCGAAGCACUUGUCGCGUGGGGCUUGCUGCGUUUCCUCUGGACUUCCUGCAUCUUGGUCCAUCAGCGCUGUUACGCUCAUCUUCACGACUGUCAUUUUCUAUGCCAGUUCUGGGAGGAGGUCGGCCCGGAUCGCCACUUGCAGCGCCCGACUCUGGUUGUUUGGGGCCCUUGCUUCCGAUGCGAAGCCUCGCUUAUCUGGGCCUCCUGGCACCGGUUCCAGACUCCCUUCACCUGGACUCCACGCCUCCUCUGCACCACUUUGGGCGGAUUAGCUUGCUGUUGCCUGUUGCAGGGAUGUUGUGUUCAGAGCCGCUGGCGUUUGUCUUGGACCUCGCCCAUUCAGCUGCAUCUUCGGCCCUUCGCAGCUUUGGUUGGCCCGGGUCCUUUCUCCUUGUCAUGGGCAAACUGCAGCUGGGCUUGAGCCUGCCGCUUCUCGACUUCGCUCAAGCGGAGUCGAUUACUCUUGCAAGAAGUGCUGCCAGGAUGGCUCCUCUGCCGUCUGCCCUAGACUUUUUGCACAUCGAGCUGACCCUGCCGAUGCAGGGCUUUACCCGAACGGGAUUUCUGUCAUCAGCAUCUGGAGAUAUUAAAUUUCCGAGUGGGUUUCUCCAUGAGAACCUAUCGGUUCUUAGCCGGAGUAGGUUCGAGCCUUUCUUGCCGGUCCCGGAUUGGGCGAAGUUCGGCUCCGUGUCGCCUCUGCAUUCCUCGGCUUGUUUGGGCAUCUUGCUGUCUGCGCUGGACUUCUUGCAUAUGGACUUCCUGACGCUUCCGCAAAGUCCUGCCCGAACGGGCCUAGCUGCUUCGAUCACGGGAAUCUCUCAGUUCAGCCUUCUGUUGCCGGCGUCAGAUAUUGUUGCUUUGGGGCUUGCACUGCUUCCCCGGAGCUCCGUGCAUCUCGAAGCUCCCCUUUCGGCUGCGGAUCUCGUGCACACAAGCCCACCUUCGGUGCUGCGAGGCUCAGGACACCUCGGUCUGGCACCGUCGCUAGUUGAUUUCAUUAAAAUCGAUCCUCCAGUCCCUGCGAGAAGAUCUGCGCAACUGGGUUUGGCCAUGCUUGUCCCGGGCAUGACACGCUUUCAUUCUAGCUUGUUUGUACUGGACCUUUUGCGCCCAGGAGUGUCGAUGCCACUUCGAGCUCAUGCUCACACCGGCCCGGUAGCACCAGUCCCGGACUCUUUGCAUCUUGAUCUCCCGUUACUUUUGCGAGGUCCUUCGCGGCCAAGUUCACUUCUUCCGAUUCUGAGAGUUGCAGGGUUUGGCCUCACUUUGUUGGCUUCAGAUCCUGCGGAAGUUGAGCUGAUGACGUCGUUGCACAGCCGUGCUUGUUUGGGCAGCACCGCGCCAACUAUGGAAUCUGCAUUCCUGGGACUGAUUCCGCUCUUGAGAAACUACGGCCGACUGGCUCUCACAUUUCCUGCAUGUGGGCUGUCUCGUCUGGAAGCGUCUUCGCUGGUGCCAGACCCCGUACAGUCUGCGCCCUUGACUUCCUUGCACAGCCUUGGCUGCUUGGGUAGCGCACUGCUGCUCUUAACCGUGGCAAGGUCGGGAUCAUCUCUCGCUGCAUUGGAUCGCAUCAACUUGGGGCCGCUCUUGUCUUCGCAAAGCCCUGCAUGCUUGGGUUUGGCUCUGUUUGCGUUGAGCUCUGCUCACUUGGACCUGGUAACGCCGAUGCACUCGUUUUCGCAGCUUGGAGCCUUGACGUUUCUGCCAGGGAUCUCUCAUUCGGGCUUCGUGUUCUCGCUCCUAGUGAUUGAAUCUGGCCACCCGGGCUUCCAGCCAUUUUCACGAAGUUGUCUAAGAUCAAGCUCUGCAGUCUUCGCACUUUGUGCGACGCGUUUGGAGCCUUCCCCAUCUCCGAAGCAAUCGGCUCGCCUCGACUUCACUUCGCUGGUGAUGGGAGCUGCGCGACCUGGAGCUUUGCUUUCUGUCUUGGACCCUUUACACCUGGGGCUCGCCCUGGCUCUGAGAUCAUAUACCCAUCCCGCAUCAAUCCUGUUCGUCCCGGACUCCGGGCACACAAGCCCACUGCUGCCACCGAAGAGCUCCGCCAGACUGGGUUUGGUGCUACCCGUUUCUGGCAUGGUAAGGGCGGGCUCGCUUCUGCUCUUGCCGGACUACAUAGCAGCCGGCCUGGUGAUGUUCGUGCGAAACUCUGCCAGAGUCGGUGUGUUUCUGUCUACCUUGGACUCUUUGCACAUGGGGCCAUCUGUGCUUCCACAAAGCUUUAGCAGACCCGAGCUUUCCGCACCCGUCGCAGGGCUCAGCCGCUUGGACUUCCUCUUCUCUCUUUCUGUGGCGGCCUCGUCUUGCUUGGACCUGCUUCCGUCUCUGCAAAGCGUCGUGCGGCUCGAGCCGGUCCUGCCUGCGGCAGAUUAUGUGCAAAUCGCUUUCACGCUGCUGAUGCGGAGCCCCAGCUGGUCGGAUGCAAACCUGAUUACACCGGAUUUAGCCCAUUUUGGCUUCUCCCCGCCUUCGAGAUCGCAUGGCUGUGUGGAAGCCGCAACCUCUGCAUGGGACCUCUACCAUGCGGAGGCUCCGCUUCUUACGCGUAGCCUUGGUCAACUUGGGCCCCCAGCAUCUUUGCUGGGAUCAAGCUGCGCUGGACCUGUUUUCAGCUUGCCUGUGGUGGCCAGCGCUGUGCUGGGAAGCUCUCUGUUCCUGCAAAGCUUGAGUCACGUUGCUCCGGCAUCGUCAGCUUUGGACUCCUUGCGAUCGGGGCUGACGCUGCUGCUUCAAUCCGCCGCCCGAGCAGAGCCAUUUCCUUUCUUGCCGGGCGCAGGCUCCUUUCUGUCACUUCGAAGCCCUUGCCGUCACGACUUUUCCUUCUUGGCACCCGACUUCUUGAAGUCAGAUCUCCUGAUGCUUCUGCAAACUGUCCACUGCCUGGACGCUUUGGUAUUUCCGGUCGGGAUCAGUUGUUUGGGCCCUGUCUUCCCGCUGUCCGUUGCGGGCAGCAGCCUUCCGGGUCCACCGCCACCGAUUCACAGCCUUGCUCGGUCAGGCAGCCCGCUGUCAAUACCGGAUCUGCUGAGCAUGGGCUCUUUGAUUCCUCUGCGAUGCAACGCCAGGGCUGGCUUGACUCUGUUGAUGUCGGGCUUGAGCCGUUUUGGGAGCGUGUCCUCACCACCUGUCGCGAGCUCGACCACACUGGGACCAGCUCUGCUGACUCGAAGUCCUUCUCACGUCAGCCCAGUCCCGUUUGUGCUGGAUUCUCUUGACUCAGGAAGCGUCUUCUCUCUCUCCCUCGUGGAAGCUUGCUCUGGCUCCCCAUUGCCGGUCUUGGACUUUGCUUGCUCGGCUGGCGCAGCCGUGCUCUUGCAAAGCUAUGCUAUUUCGGGUCCUGUGCCGUUGGUCUUCGGCUUGGGCAGGCCCAGUCUUCUCGCUGCUGGCCCCUUGGAUGAUCAGAAGAUCGGUUCGACAAGGUCGCUAGCUUCAGCAAUCCAGAAUUGGCUUUGCCCCUCCGAAGCCCUGUUCGCGCGGAUGCCGCAGCCCGAUCCUCUGUCGCCUGUCUUGAACUUUGCUGAUCCAGGGCCCUCCUUAUCACCAAGGUCGCCCGCUCAGCCAGACAUGGUAGCGCUUGUCAUGGACAUGCUUCAACUCGAUACCUCGCUGUUGCCGCAAAGCCAUUACCAGCCGGGAAGUGGCAUGCUGGCAUUUGGAUUGUCGAGACCGGGAAGCGUUUCCUUGCUCUCGGUCGUUGCUUCUGCGAACUUAGAGCCCUCACUUUCUCUGCAGUCUGCAGGUCGCACAGAAGCCCUACUUCCAGUGCUAGACUUCUUGCACCUAGCCUUCCCUGCUUCAUGCCGCAGCUUGACCCGCUCCAGCUUGUCAUUCCCUGCCUUGCGGACAGUAGACUUUGAAUUCUUCUUGCCUGUUCUGGACUACGUGCAGUAUGACCCUGCGCUCUUUGUGAGGUCCUUCACUCACCUCGAUGUUUUCAUACUUGUUCCCGACCUCUUGACCUUGGGCCCUUUGCUUUCUGCACGGAUGCUCGUUCGUACCGACUCCGUCCUGCCGGCUUCUGGGAAGUUCAGCUUUGGGCCGAGCUCUGUGUCCGUUCUGAACAAGGUCUUCUUUGAUCUGCCUCCGUCUGCGAAAAGCUUUGCAUGCUUAGGUCCCGUGGCUUCAACACCCGACUUUCUGGAGCCAGUUGCAGCCGUCCUGGAGACUCUCCUCUGGCCUCAGACAGCGGGCAUUUCGGCCCAGGCCUGUCGCUUACGGCUCUCAAGUUCGCUCAUCUCGGCUUCUUGGUGCUUCUGA